AUGUCACCUCUGGUCUCCUACUCCUCCGACUCCGACUCUGACCAUGAGACCCGGAGCAUGUCCCCUCCAAAAAAGAAAGCCAAAACAGCACCAUCUUCACCACCUCCUCCACUCCCAGCUUCCUUUCAUGACCUCUACGCCGGCACCGUCCGCACCGCGCCCUGCGACGACCCUUCUCUCCACCAGGGUCGCACCCGCCAAAUCCCCCACAUUCCCGGAAACUGGCCAACUCAUGUCUAUGUAGAGUGGCAUCCGCCACGGGAAGUGCAUGAACUGUUGAGCGGGCUGGUUAAGAAGUUGAGGGAGAAAGCGAGAGGGAUUCCAUCCUCUUCAGGGACGGGGGGUAAAGGGAACGACCAAGGCGUGGAGGUCACCACCCUCCUGGAGAGCGAGCUCUCAACGCCAUUACCGCUUCAUAUCAGUCUGUCGCGACCUAUUGUCCUGAAGGAGUGGGAGCGCGAGCAGUUCCUGAAGGAGUUAAAAGAGGAGAUUGAGAAGGGCGCGUCCGCUGCGCUUAAGUGUAGCUCUACCACCUCAGAUAGUAAGGUCAAUGGAAACGACGGCGCAGCAUUCAAGCUUCGUUGUACGAGGGUAGAGUGGCACCGCACGUACGAGAGUGGUCGCUCGUUUUUGGUGCUACGUGUGGAGAGUUUGCGGGUAGGGUCUGGCUCUUCGAGUGAAGACAACGGAGGAGUAUUAGAAAGCGAGAGACCCGGGGUCAACCGGGAGAGCACAGUGGAGCGGAAAGUAAACCACAACCCACAGUUAACAGAACUUCUUCGGAGGUGCAAUUCUGUCGCGGAACGAUUCAAUCAGCCGCAAUUGUAUAAAUGGACCGAAGAGAACGGAGGUAACAAUGGCUCCUGGGAAGUCGGGGAAGCCUUCCACUUAUCGAUUGCGUGGACAUUCGCAGAGCCAACUGAUGAGCUGGUGAGGGUAACAAAGGAUGUGUUUGAGGCACCUGAAGCAAAAGAAAAUAUUCGUCGGGUUAUUGUUCCAGUGGACAGAGUCAAGGUAAAGAUCGGAAAUGUGGUCAACAAUGUCGCACUACGACAACCAGGCCUGAAAGCGGAUGGGAAGAAAGAUGGGAAGAACAUCUUUGGCAUAUGA